CCCAAGAGUGACCGCCCGAAACCCUCCGCCUGCCUUUUCGUUGCAUCCCUCGCUGCCUCCCGCACAGACGAACAACUCCUCGCCUCCGUCUCCGCCCACUUCGCAAAAUGGGGUCCCCCCCUCCACGUCAAAGUCCUCAAAGACCCCCUCCAGCGCCCUUACGCCUUCGUCCAGUUCUCAAACGACGAAGAAGCUACUCGCGCCAUGACAGAAGCCCACAACACCGUCGUCGAUGGUCGCCAUAUCCGCGUCGAGAAAGCGAGGGUGAACCGUACCAUUUGGAUC